AUGCUAAUUGUAGUUCAAAUGCGUCCAUGUCAAUAUUUUCUAUUCGAUCGAGAAAUCGAAACCGAUAUUCCUCCAGUGGAAGGAUCGUCUGAGUAUCGCUCCUCCCAGGCUGUUCCCAUCCAAUCAAACAAAAGCCCCGAAGAUCGUGAAUAUCUCUCGAUCUCGUGCGCCAAUUUUGUCGAUCAGCAAGAAAUCAGAGAGCCGAACACAAAAGAGCGCGCGGAUAGGCGACCGAAUGACAGAGCAGAAGGAGGGGCGGUUAAUAGCUUGAGGGAUCACCUUGAGGGAGAAGAGAUGCCUGGAGUCGGAAGAAACGGCGACGGUUAAUAGCUUAAAAUCCGCCGCCGGGGGCCGGAAUCCUCCCCCGAUGGCCGGGGGGUGCGGGAGGACCACCACGCCGUCCCCCACCCCACCCCAAGCCCACAUUCCUCCUCCCUCUUCUCGACGCGAAACCCUAAACUCCCUUCCCGCGACCUUUACAGACGACCAGGCGCUCGAGUAAUCGAUAGAGAUAGGGAGAGAGGGAGGGAGAGAGAGAGAGAGAGAGAGAGAGAGGAAAUUCGGAUAAUUUUUAUGGUGGAAAAGGAGAUGACCAGAAGUGAGGUGUAGGGAAGCUCACCUCCUCCCCGCGAGGUUCUGCCGCAGAUUUCAGGGCAGCUUGCUUCGGUCGGCCCAUAUUAGCCCAGGUGACAUUUCGCACUCGCCAUCCAUCACGCAACUCUCUAAUUCGGCUUUGGCCGACCCAGCAGUUUCUUUCGCACCAUAGACCCAUUACUCUCUCUCUCUCUCUCUCUCUCUCUCUCUCUCUCUCUCUCUCUCUCUCUCUCUCUCUCUCGCUCAUGGGCCAAUGAAAUUCCGCGGAAAGAAGCCAACAGCAGAUUUGUGUACACAGAGAGACCCAGGAAAGGCAACGAAUGGAUCUGCGAGAUUCUGCGGACCAGACAGCAAACAGCUUGUGUGUGAAAAAGGAUCAAAGAUACGUCUUGGAGAGGCAGCCCUCGACCAUAUCCACGAGAUUAGGGUUCUCAAGGGCGGCGGCAACCCGCUCCUUGUCGUUCAACUGUUUGUUCACUGCAGAGUCAAAAUGAGCCAAGUUUAGUUCCAGAUUUGGCCAAAAAAAAAGGAUCUUUGACACAUUUCCAGCAGCUUUGGACCAGCUAGUGAGCAGAAUUCUAAGUACCGGCGUCUUCGGUGGCAUGCGUCCCAGGUGCGACCCGGAUGUCAACCUGCAAGUAAAGUCAGCGUUCGGUCAAAUGCCUUAAAGGGACAGAACGAUUAAUCAUUACCCACAACCAUCCAGAAAAAACAUCAAUCGUCUCAAAUCGAGAUGAACUGAAUAAUAGUUAG